UCUCACUAUUAACGGUCCUAAAAUAUUAGCCAGAAAGACGAAAUCUCCAGAUCUCUAAAAAUAAAAAAAAAUAAAUCAAAAAUUUAAAAACCCUAAAAAAUCAAAUAAAAAAUCAAUCUUUUUAGGGUUUCUUGAUCCGAUCUUCAAUCUUCGAAAUCUGGUUUUGAUUGCAAUUGUGAUUUUCUUUUUAAAAAUCAAAAUCAAGAAUUUUAGGUUUUUUUUUUUCAUUUUUGUUAGGGUUUGUUUGUUUGUUUGUUUGAAUAAUGAACGAUCAGCCACCGGCGACGAUCAUGAACCAGCAGCCACCGCUAUUGAUGAGUCAGGCACCGCCUAUUCCGGUCAUGAAUCCGGCACAACCUCCUCCUCCACCGAUUUCUAUUCAGUCACAGAUGUUGAGUCACAGUCAAGCCAUGAAUCAACCACAGCCGUUGAUGAUGAUGAACCAGAGACCGUACAAGAAGUUUCAAAAUCAGCAGCAGAAUCCGUUGAAGUUCAAUAACAAUUUUGUCCCUUCGAAGCCUCGAAGCAGCAGCAACAACAACAACUGGAAGGGUAAAAAUGUCAACAACAACAAAAGAAUGGAGAAUUCCAAUAAUAACCCUGCCUUAUCCGGUGGUGGAGGGUAUAAGCCGCCGAGCUUGAAUGAUUUGCAAACACAAAACAGAAUGAAAGCGCGGAAAUAUUAUCAUCCGAAGAAGAAAUUUAAUAACCGUUUCGCGCCUUAUGCCCCGAGGAAUACGACGUCGUUUAUUAUCCGUGCGAAAAAGUCUGGUGGGAUUGCGUCGUUGGUUUCGCCGUGUCCGGUGACUCCGGCGGUGUUGCCGACUCCGAUAUUUUCGCCAUCGAGGGAGGUGUUGGGGGAUAUGGCGAAGGAGGAGUGGGGUGUUGAUGGGUAUGGAUCGAUGAAGGGGUUGAUUAGGUUGAGAUCGCCGGGGAACGAAGCGAAUGAGGAUGAGGAAGAUGAAGAGGGAAAUGGAUCGAGUGAGAGUGAUGUAGAGGAGCAUGUGGAAGUGGAGAGGAGAUUGGAUCAUGAUUUGAGUAGGUUUGAGAUGAUUUAUCCAAGCGGCGGAGGAGGGGAGUAUAGUUAUAAUAAUGUUUUGGAGAAUAGGGUUGAUGAUCAGGACACCCACAUAGCGCAAUUGGAAGAGGAGAAUUUGACUUUGAAAGAAAGAUUGUUUUUGAUGGAGAGGGAGUUGGGGGAUCUGAGGAGGAGGUUGCAGUUUUUAGAGAGGCAGCAGCAUCAUCAUCAUGGGCAGAGCAGUAGUGCUAUGGUUGUGGAGGAUGUUAAUGAGGAGGUUGUGGAGAAUGUUUCGGAGAAUGAUGAGAAUGAGAGUGAUGGAGUAACUGAUAUUGGUGGGAAUACUGGAGGUGAUGGUAACGAGGAGGUGAUGGAGUAUGUAGGUGGAAAUGGAGAGAGAAGGAAUGUUAGAGAUGGUGGUAAGGAGGAGAGUAAUGAUGUUUGUAUGGAAGAGAAUGUACCUGAUGAUCACCUUAUUGUGAAGCAUAAGGUUAAGGAUGAGAACGCAACUAGUGGAUAUGUAGGAGAUGAUGAAGUUGUAGGAAAUGACGAAGUGAUUAUUAAGGAAAAUGAAGUUAAGGGUGGAGAAAGAGGAGACUGGUUUGUACCUACUGAUGCAGAAACGGGGAAGGAUGAUGGAGCAAAGGAUGAAGAAAGGGGAAUUGAAGUUUUGCUAGACAGGCUGGUUGCAAAGGAGGAGGAGGAGCCUGUCCAAGGGUGAUUAUGAUAUUGGUGACAACAGGAUUGUGCAAGACAAUUGUUUCAAAGAAGGAAGUCCAUUGAUGAACAGUUUCACUUAGAGAAGAGCAUUGGCGGUGGUGACUAAUCUUUUGUCCCGCGUUAAUGUGUGUGAAGUAGCAGGCUGAUGUUGCUUUCACACAAGUGAUUGUACUGGUGGAUGAUGCAAAAAAUCGUGGACUUGAUGAUGCUAAUGAGCUUGACAGUAAGUUUUGACUUGCAAAUGAGGUGGGUCGGAAUCUGGUGCAUUUGUGGGGAUUUUUGUCUAUAAGUUCAUUAUCUCUUCAUAUUGCAUUUGAAUAUUGUAUUGAAAGAAUGGGACGAUGACCUUGGAUGAAUCUUUUCCCAAAUUGUCAGUUGUUAGAAUGAGUUUCAAAAUUUGUUUUAUUACUUGAUUGACUAGGUUUGUUUCCUUUUGAAUUUAAAGAAUGCGAAACCCUCCUAAUGACAUUUUAACAUAUUCUGGCUUGGUUAUAUUUAUUUUUUUGGGACUCUUUGUGGAGGUAAAUAAUUUGACUCUCUUACUGGCCACACAGACCAGCUACCAAUCCACCCAACAGUGGAUUGGUUGCUUGAUCAGACUGAGUCAUGGCUUAUGCAUGUCUAUCUUUCAGUUGCAUAACUUGGUCUUUUGUCUGUCAACGAGGAUGAUUCCAAUCAUUGGUGCAAGUGAGAACAUUCUUGAGCUGAAACUGAUUCAUUCACAUGGGAUUUUAAAGAUGGGGGUGAGUGGGGGACAUGGGUCUCAGCCAAGGAAGCAGAGUGAUUGAUGGUAUCAGCCACUCUGCAGCAGCAGCAUCCUAUGCAGUGGCCAAUUUGCAAUAAGCCUUUGUCCAGCGAAUGCUGUUAUUGACCUGAACACGGGAUGCUACCGAGGAUAUGAUUUCAGUGAUACAUCGAUCAGCAUUCCAGGAGAUGAGGUUUAUGAGAACAUGACACUUUGGUCUCUCUCCAUCUUCCUUAUCACGUGUUCCUGCAUUCUCCUGCCCGACACGAAGCUAUGCCACCAUUGUUUGUCUGCCGCAUCAGGUUUAUUAUUGAUGCAAUUCCAUUAGUUGAAUCUCGACAGAAUUCAUUCUCAUGGUAAUACUAGCAUGUGUUUGUAAUCUAGUCAUGAAUAUUGAUGCAAUUCCAUUAGUUGAAUCUCGACAGAAUUCAUUCUCAUGGUAAUACUAGCAUGUGUUUGUAAUCUAGUCAUGAAUUGAGUGAGCAUCAUUCAAAUUACAGGACAAACACUUGUUUCCUGUGUGGUUGACCCUUAAAAGGCAGCUUCCAAGAUGGAUGUUUGUGGUGGUGGGAUUGGCCUGCUAAAUGCUUUAAGAGCUCAUCUCAAUUUGUCCUCUAAUUUGGAUAUGAAUUUAUGUGGGUGAUGUUGAGACUGGGUCAAUGUCAACUGGCCAUGUGGUUCUUGCACAUCCUUGAAUGGUUAAUGGUGAUGUACGAGUAGAAGUCCUCCACUGGUGAUGCUGACCAUGAUCUCCACCCGUGUUAAAGAUUGCUGCCGAGGAUAAGGCAGUGUGUCACGCAUGCAACAAUGCCUUAUGGACGAAUUUUCCAAAGUGGAAUAGAAACCCAUUAUUUAUUCCUUCCUUCCUAUCGCAGCCUCUUUCAAUCCUGACCUUUCCUUGGGUCCUGAUUUCAAUGGCUGGCUGGCUGGCUGGCUGCUGCUGCUGCUGCUGCUGCUGCUGUAAGCUGUUACGAAUAUUUAGAACAACUUCAUGUCCAAAGAUAAAAAGAACAUUUAGGAUUUUACCUUUUCGAUUGCGAAGUUUGUUUCUCGGAGGAUCUUUAUUUGAAGGUUUGAACCUAAAAAAUCGGGUUGAGCAAAAUAAUGAUUAGUCAAGAAAAUCUUCCGUAAAA